AGUUGUAUAUUUAGUUUUAUAUACCUACACACUUAGUUAAACACAAAAAAUAGUUCAAAAUACCUGUGCAAAAUGGGAGAUAUUGAGGAAAUGCCGGAACCCCACGCUGCAUUCACUAACUGUGGGAAAAAGGAGGGACUAGAAACAUGGAGGAUCGAGAAUUUUCAGCCCGUGCCCGUUGCCCCGAGUAAUCACGGGAAGUUUUAUAGCGGCGACUCUUACAUUGUCCUAAAGGCGCCUACUAUUAGGAUGACGCGGCGAAAAAUCGUGCAGGAUGCUCUCAAUUCUGUGCACAAAACAAUGGCCUCAUGUGGUCGCGACUCGCGACCCUCGGUCAUGAGGAAACGAGAAAGAAGAAUUACAACAUCAGGCGUCCCAUCGUCCCUGAGCUACGAUGUGCACUUCUGGCUGGGCCGCGAGAGCUCUCAGGACGAGAAGGGCGCGGCGGCCAUCUUGUCCGUCAAUCUGGACGAAGCCCGUUUCAACGGAGCCGCUAUACAGCACAGAGAGGUCCAGGGUUAUGAGAGCCAGGUGUUUCUGGAUUACUUCAAGCCUAUGAUUAGAUAUUUGGACGGCGGACACGCAUCAGGGUUCAGUAAAGUGACCACAAACGAGGGCUCGGAGCGGCGCCUGUUCCAGAUCAAGGGCAAGAAGAAUGUCCGCGUCAUACAGGUAGAAGCUCACAUAUCCAAGAUGAACGCGGGCGACUGCUUCAUCCUGGACAAGGGGCAUGACGUGUUCGUGUACGUGGGGGCGGAGGCGAAGAGUGUGGAGCGCCACACGGCCAUCAGGGCCGCCAACCAGAUCCGCGACCAGGACCAUAACGGCCGAGGAGUUGUUCAGAUCAUUGAUUCCAGCUCCACCGAUGAAGAGCUGAACAACUUCUUUGCUGCGCUGGGUUCGGGAGACAAGGACUCCGUGCCCCCUGCGUCUGAUGGUGGGGAUGACGAGAAGUUCGAAACUGGAGUCGCGAAGGCAGUGAAACUCUUUGAAAUAUCCGACGCGUCUGGUCAGAUGAAGACCAUCGAAAUCAAGCCUAUUAUGGGGAAAUCUCAGCUUAAAUCCGAUGAGUGUUAUAUUCUGGAUGCUUACACAAGUGGAGUUUUCGUGUGGGUCGGAAAGAAAUCCAACCAGAAGGAGAAAAUGGAGGCAAUGAAUAGAGCAGAAGAGUAUCUCAAGAAUAACAACUGCCCCGCUUGGAUUCACGUGUCUAAAGUACCCGAAGGAGGAGAGCCGGCACCGUUUAAACUAUUUUUCCCUGAAUGGGCUUAAACGCUACACUAUUUUUUUUAUUUGACUAUUGCCACUGAACAAAUCUCAAAAUGCAUGACAAUUUGGAGCAUUAUCUAUGAAAA